AUGGGUAGAGUGAAGAAGACAGGAAAAAUUGCCAGAAGAACGGCUGUCAACAAGCUGGUUAAAUCAACGGACAACAGAAUGUGAAAUAUUUUUAUUUUCACAGAUUUUCAUUUUAUCUUUUCAGAAAAGAAGAAAGUCGUGUGAUCAAGGAAGCCAAGCCCGAUGAAAACGCUUUGAAGAUAGUUCAUGCGUAAGAUUUUUAUAUAGUUUUUGGUCAUAUAAUAAAUUUUGAGACCAAAAAUCUCUUCGGCGAUGUACAUGAGGUACAACACUCAGUUGGGACCUCCAUUCCACGUUAUAGUCGAUACGAACUUUGUCAAUUUUGCUGUGAAAAAUCGGAUGGACGUUUUCCAAGGCUUCAUGGAUUGCUUGUUCGCAAAAAGUUUGAUUUUUUGGAAGUUUAACGAUAUAAUUUUGUCUGCAGCGAUUCCCUACAUAACCGAUUGCGUUUUGGCCGAGUUGGAAAAAGCGGGCCGACGUUUCAAAAUUGCGUUGAAAGUUAUCAAAGAUCCGCGAUUCCAAAGGCUCAAGUGUGAUCAUAAGGGAUCGUAUGCUGAUGACUGCCUUGUUCAGCGCGUCACUCAGGUUAAAUAUCUAUUUUUAAUUUAUUAGACUUUUUUUUUAUCUCUUUGCUCUCUUUCCCUGUAUUUUUGUUCAUAACAACUCUGAUGACUUUAUUGCGAUCAAAGAAGCACCAAAAAAACAAAAACAAUAAAUAUUUAUAAAAUCAUUGGAAAAACAUCAAAUGAGGAUCGUUAAGGCAACUGAGUUCAUAAAACUUUAUUUGAUUUGGAAAUUGUGACGAAGUACUAGGCAAAUCGAAUGAAAUGACAGUGUGAAAAUAGGACCAUGAUAUAUAAAAAUUGACACAUGAAAGCUAGGAGAAAAUGCAAAUAUAAUAUGAUCACCGUGAACCUUUUUCAAUAAACUGCGAAUAAACCUGAUUAUAUAGGAAUAAUUCUUGCUUUGAAAGGAAAAAAAAAUUAUAGAUAUUUCUAAAGGCUAAGAAUUCCUGUUGAGAUUCUUCUAUGUGCGGGGGAAAAAGUAAAAGUGAAAAUUGGUGAUUCAAAAAAAAGCUGAUAACUUUGAAAUCUUAUAAGCUUCCUUAAAUAAAAAAUCUAUCUUUGAAGCUUCACUUGGCUCAUCGUUAACUUUUAACAAGAAUGCAGGAUGAUCCAGAAACUCUCUCAUUUAACCUUACUAUUUCACCAAAAAUCAAAGCUUUUUUUAAAAAAAUAGUUCCAAGUUUCAAAUUUGUGAUUUGAAGUGGUUAAAAAAAUUGAAACUCCGUGAUAAAAACCAUUAUUAAGUAGUCCUAACUUUCCAUCAUUCAUUUAAAUAUUUCUAAUAUCUUCUUUCAAGUCGUAAGUUUCGAAAACUGUCGUAAAAAUGGAGGAAAAAAAACCUCAUUUCUUUCAUCAAAAAGCUUUCUAUUUUUGUUAGCGUUUUGAAGGAAGCCUUGUCGGCUCCGUAGAAGUUCCCCUUUGCCUAUGAAAUUGAAUAAAGAACUAAAUUUUUGCUUUGCAGCACAAGUGCUACAUCGUAGCGACGUGUGAUCGAGAUCUGAAGCGUCGGAUUCGGAAAAUUCCCGGCGUCCCGAUUAUGUACAUUCGCGGGCAUCGGUUCUCGAUCGAAAGGAUGCCCGAUGCCUACGGCGCUCCUAUCAACUAA